CAUAAGCCACAUUGGGUUUUGGAGCACAACGGAUUUCCGUACACAUAAGCAAGCGGAGAGAAAGAGCGACCCAGAUAUGCUGACGAUUCAGAUUCCGGGCGGCUCGAGGUUUGCUUCGUUUUCUGCCCGACACCGGAGGAGAGGCCUUUAAAAACCCCUCGUCAUCUCUCCUGCAGCAGCAGCAGCAGCAGUGAACCUUCUCCUGCCUUCCUUCUUCUCUGUCCUUUUUCAGUCCGAGUAAGAAAGGGUUUCCCCUGCAGCUCUCUCCGAGGAGUCUCAUGGAGGGAGGGGUUGGCGCGUCCAGGCCGCACUUCGUCAAGGCGUUGAUCCCCGGGUUCUCUAAAAGGAUGCUGAUUCCUCGUCACUUCACCGAGCGUCUUGCGUGUGAGAACCAUCGAACGGCCACCAUUCUAAGCCCUCUUGGCAAGUUUUGGCAUGUUAGUAUUGAGAGAGAUGGGCAUGAUAUGUUCUUCGGUAAUGGCUGGAAGGAAUUUACUGAAGCCCAUGACUUGUGUGUGGGUUACUUCCUGGUGUUCUGCCAUGAAGGCAACAUGGUUUUCACUGUCAAGGUUUUUGAUUGGAGUGGUUGUCUUAAGGAGUAUAAUGAGAUUGCAGGCAGAUUCUCAGAAGAAACAAAAACAACAGUCGAAGAAGAUCAAGCCAUUGAUAAUGCAUCAAAGAGUGAUACACGGAAGGGAGUAGAUUCUGAUAGCAUAACAAGUAAGUUAAAGACUGAUAAUUUAGAAUGCUCAGAUGAGGAGGAGGAAUCUACUCCAUUUUGAGAAGAUAGAUAUACCUUGUCAUCUCCAGUACAAGGCAAUGGGUGUUCUGUAAGCUUGCUGUAUGUUAAUGCAGGCCCUCAUUCUGGUACUCAAGGAGAUUAAAAAAAUGGGGAAAGCAUUGAGAAUAUUUGAUGGAUGCUUUGUUUUGUUUGGUCUUGUAUCCACCUAUAUCAUCUUCUCCGUUUCUGCCUUCUCU